CAUCAAUCAAAGUAUUCAUUCGCUUGUGAUAUCUCAAUAAGUUCACUUAAACAAAUCAAAUAAAUCGAAUUAUCAAACAUGAGUUUUAAAAUUUUCACCAUUUUGCUGGUUGCGGCUACAGCUAGAGCUGUCAUCUUCGUCCCAAUCGUCAAGCCUGCCUUAGUGCCAGUACCAAUAGUGAAACCUCUACCUCUACCUCUUCCUGUACCAAUAUUGAAAGCUAUUCCGCUGCCGUUACCUUUACCGCUACCUCUACCAUUGCCGCUACCACUUCCGUUACCACUUCCUCUACCGCUACCUUUUCCAGUACCAGUAGCUAAAAUUGCACCAGCCGCCGUCGUCGCAGCACCACAGCCAGUCUACGGAUCUCCGAGUGGAAGCACACAUGGUACAGGAAUUUCGGCACUAAGUCUUCUCAACACACUAAGCAAAGGAUUGACGGUUUCAAAGUCAGUUCAAGUUGGAAGAUAAAAAUGUUAGAGAAGUUUUGGUUGACGGUAUUUUGAGGAAAAUAAAGUCGAUUUUAAAAUGUUGAAAUGUAGUCAUGUUUCUUUCUUGG